CGGGAGUUCCCUACCCCUCAUCGGCAUCAGGUUUGUCUCCCGCGACCGCAAGUCCACAGUAGACGAUGAACUGGUGGUCUGUAGGGACGCAUCAGAUCCUUCAAUCUUAAUGCUUGAUCGAGGAGCACUUAUACAUUUCUUUGUCCUCCUUUCGCCCCUUGGCCAUAAUAACCUCUCACACUCAGCCUAAUAACUAAAUCUACCCAAUCCAUCUGCAGCAGCCAUGGACGAUCCGGAAAAACCAACUACUUCCACCUUCGAAAGCCCCGUCGACUCGGAGAAAGGCACCGCCGCCACGGCCUUGGUAUCUACUGCCAACGCCGACCUGGACAGACGCCUGAACCGCAAAUUCGACCUGCACAUCCUCCCCUGGAUAUUCGGCAUCUGGCUCUUCUCCUUCAUCGACCGCUCCAACAUAGGCAACGCCGCCCUCGCCGGCCUGCCCGAAGACCUCGGCAUCAGCCGGGGCACCUCCUUCAACAUAGCCCUGCUGGUCUUUUACGUGCCCUACAUCCUGGUCGACGUGCCGAGCAACCUGCUACUCAAACGGGUGCGUGCCGGAAUUUACCUACCCUCCCUCAUCACAUUAUGGGGGAUUGUGUGUGCCUGUACAGGGCUGGUGCGGAAUUUUGCGAGCCUAAUUGCCUGCCGGCUGCUGCUGGGCUUGUUUGAGGGCGGAAUUUUGGGAGGGGUCAUUAUCUACCUGGCCAUGUUCUAUCGGCGGCAUGAGAUGCUGUAUCGCAGUGGGUUGUUUUACUGCGCUGCGCCGCUGAGUGGUGCGUUUGGUGGGUUGUUGGCGAGCGCGUUGGGCAGGGUGAGCGCGGGUGGCUAUAGGGGGUGGCCGUGGAUUUUCUUUGUCGAGGGCGCGGCGACGGUGGUCUUUGGCAUUCUCUGCUUCAUCUUCAUGCCGGACACUCCGGCUCUGGCCAAGUUCCUGACCGCUGAGGAGAGGGAAUGGGCACUCCAGCGGAUGCAGAACGACGCAAGCGGAUCUACGGCCGUCACUGUUGAUGACGAGAAGCUCGAUUGGCGCUGGGUCAAGAUGGCUGUGGAAGCUCCCCAGACGUACCUCUGUGCGGCCAUCUGGUUUUUUGUCCUGGUUCCGCUCUACAGCUUCUCCCUCUUCUUGCCGUCGAUUGUAGCCGGGAUGGGCUAUACCUCACAAGCAACCAUUGCGCAGCUCUUCACGGCUCCGCCAAACAUGGCGGGCUUUUUCGCCGUCAUACUAGCUGCGCACUUUUCGGACAAGCUCAAGAACCGUGGCUGCUUCGUUGCUGUGGGAUGCGUUGUGGGGAUAUGUGGUUAUAUCAUGCUUUUGGCCUCUGACCGGGACCAGGUCAGAUAUGGAGGGACGUUCCUCAUUGCGAUUGGGGUCUUCCAGAUCUCUCCCAUGCUCAUGGGCUGGGUUUCCAACAACCUGGCGCCUCAUUACGUGAGAGCGGUUGCUUCAGGGGUCGUCAUCUCUAUUGCCAACUGCUCGGCGUUCAUUGGCACCUUCAUCUAUCUUCAGCGAGAUGCACCAAAGUAUGUUUUGGGCCACUCUGUCAGCCUCGGGGCGCUCGUCAUCGCGCUUGCUUUGACCGUUGUCCAGACUGCCUACUUACACUGGGAGAACAACAAGAGGGACCGGGGAGAGAGGGACCAUCGGCUCGCCGAGGAAAAUGUGCACCUCCUGGGCCACCGCCACCCUUCGUUCCGGUACACGCUAUAAAGAGGUAGGCCAUAGCGUACGUUCGCAUUUGCGUGAUGCUAGCUUCGUGGCGACGGUGACGUUGGAUAGCUGCCGAAUAGCAGAGCCUCUAGGUUGGUUUUUUUGUUGUCGACACAUUACAUCCAACUACUAGUCCAAACAUCAAGCCUAUUUGCUAUCAAUGAUACUAUUACAUGCAUA